AUGAGGGUCUCGCAACUUCCCCUCCUCGCCAUCACUGUCGGCGCCAGCCUCGUGCUCGCUCAAGAGCGCUGCGACGCGCCUUCGCCUGGCAUAUACUGCAACUCGACAGAAAUUCUCGCCUACCAUGCAGACGACUGCAAACCUUUCCACGUUUUUGUCGCACGAGGCUCCGACGAACCCUACCCUGGCCGCCUGGGUAACCUUACCUCGAAGAUCUGCGCGGCGAUUGGAGGAUCAUCAGAAUGUGGUUACGAGGAUGUCGAGUAUCCUGCAAAGAGCUCAGCAUGGGGAGCAACCGCGUGGUGUGAAUCAGCAAGCAAGGGGGCAAAGAGCGGACAGGAACAGAUGAAGGCGUACAGCGAAAAGUGCCCAGACAGCAAAUUGAUCGUAUUGGGUUUCUCGCAGGGAGCAUCAGUCGCACAGGACAUGCUCGGUGGAGGAGGAGGUCCAGUCUUUGCAUGUGAGCAAGACAUGAACCCAGCUCUGGACGCUUCCAUUGGUUCCAAUGUCGUCGCAGCAGUAACAUUUGGCGCUGUCGUCCGUUCCCGUGACCAAAACUUCACCGUCGGCCGCGGCGUAGACUACGACGGAACCAGUGCACGCAGCCCCGAACACCUCAAAGGACUAAACGCCUACGCCGACGUCCUCCUCGACUACUGCCACUACGGCGACCCAAUCUGCGCCGUUGGCUCUUCUCCUCCGGACACAAACGAGCACCUGAACUAUUUCUUCAUGCACAACGAAGAGGUCAUCAAGUGGGUAUCCGGCAUGGCCAAAUCAGGUGGUGAUGUGAGUGCGAAACCCAGCAAGCCCGUAAUCAGCCAGUCUUCCUCUUCGACAAGUGUGCCCGCGAAGCCCGCUGCCACAGCAUCUGGAUCCGCUACCCCUUCACCUGUUGCGACGACAACUGACGAUGCGACGAAGGUUGCAGCGGCUAGCGCUACGGGUGCUGCCAGCUCGCUGACUGCUACCCUUGGCUAUAUGUCGGGGUUGGCUUUGAGUGUGGCUUUCUUUUUGUAG